AAAAACGAAAGCUAAACAGAAAUUCAAAAAUAAAUUUGUAUAAAUUUUGGGAAAUUAUUUUUCUACACUAGUUUUUCACUUUUGAACUAAGAAAAGCUAGAAAAGAAUACAAAUUAUUACAAAAUAUGACUGAGGACGCCCUAACUCUCCUGAAGAAGGAGCGCCAGCAGUGGCGGCGCAAUCCUCUCAAGGGAUACGAGGCCCAUCCGCGGAGGAACAAGAACGGGACCCUCAACUACAUGCUGUGGGACUGCGGCGUGCCCGGCAAGAAGGGCACCCCCUGGCAGGGCGGAAUCUUCUGGCUGGAGGUGACCUUCACCGAGGAGUACCCCACGAAGCCACCGCAGUGCAAGUUCGUGCCCACCGUGCUGCACCCGAACGUGUAUCCGUCGGGUAUCGUGAAGUACCCGCUUCUGGAGGAGGACUGGCAGCCCGGCAUCACCCUCAAGUGCCUGAUGACGUGCAUCCAGGAGCUGCUCUACAUGCCCAACAUGAACGACGCGGUCGCGAUGCGGGCCGUCUACCUGAUGAAGUGGCGGCCCCGCGACUACAACAGGAUCGUCCGCGCCCAGGCCCACGACAUGUCCCCCAUGAUGUCCUCCGACGAAGAAGAUUGAAGCUUUAAUCCUGGAGACUAGUCUUUCACU